AUGGACGAAACCCAAGGCAUAAGUUCAUCGAACGCAGAUGAAGCACACUUUGGAACAGGGGUUGGAUAUAUCAUAGCAGGUCUCUUUGCAGUCUGGUUUGUCUCAGUUGCCCUGGUGGCACUUGUCUCCUAUUUUAAACGUCAGAGACAACAUACUAGUACGAGAAGUGGCGUUGGGAGGUGGCAGGUCGCGCCGGGUGGCAUAGUGACUUUGCAAACCCUCAAUUCUACAAGUCCAGCUGAGAAAUACGAAUUCCCCGCAUCAUCUAAGUCAAAUCUGGAUCUAGAGUCACAUGCAUUGGGCUUUUUAGAACUUUGUGCCAUCUGUCUUGAAGUCUUUGAGAAUUCGGAUACUGUCCGUCGAUUGAACUGUGAGCAUGUCUACCAUCAAAACUGUAUCGACCGCUGGUUCCAAGGUCGAAAUUUCACGUGUCCCUUGUGUAAGUCGAGCGUUUUACGAUCAGGAAACGGUAUUGCUUGA